CCACUAGUCAAAAAUAUGGGGGUCAAAAUUACUUACUGCUUUAUCGUUUUUCUUUUGUAAACAGAAGUCGCAUAAAGUGAACGGGCAGUAAAAGAAGAGAACAUAUGAACAGUCGAUCAAAUGUAUUUCUGACGCCUAGCGUUGAAUGCUUGAAGAUCAUAAUGGUAGCGUCCGUCUACCCCCGUUAUAGAAAAGUCCACGCAAGUAACGGAGAAACUUCACGAAUGUAAAUAAUAAGGGAACAAGGAGGAUACGUCCUCGCGCAUUCUUUCUAUUUUCAUCUUUUGACUAAUGUGAACAUGCCACGCAGAAAGCCUUUUAGUAACAAACAGAAAAAGAAGCAGCUCCAGGUGAAACGCGAGAAAAAGAGAGGAGAAACCGGUUCAAGUCACAGUAGCCGAAAUGCCAGUGUGGAGAGAGGACCUGGCAGAGACAGACAGUCGGAUACAUCAGACAGCGAGACGACAGACAUCAGGAGGAUCAACCAUCAGCCUGGCACCAGAGACGGCAGAUAUGACCCCAACAGAUUCCGUCUGCACUUUGAGAAGGAGAGCAAGGAGGAAGUGGAGAGGAGGAAAAAAAUAGCGAGGGAGAAAAUCCUGAAGCAGGUGGCAGAAAAGGAACUAGAGAUUGAUAUGAACCAGAUCUACCCAGAAGAGAAAGGACUGAAUUUCCCACGGCGGCCCUCAUGGCAUUACAACAUGCAACGAGAGGAGUUACUGCGGAAAGAGGAGAAGUCAUUUCUGGAGUAUCUGGAGGCUCUUCAGUCCAAGAACCCACCCGGUACCCUCAGCCACUUUGAGCACAAUCUCGAGACAUGGAGGCAGCUGUGGAGAGUAAUGGAGAUGUCUGAUGUCAUUCUCCUCAUAGUGGAUAUCAGAUACCCAGUGCUGCAGUUUCCUCCUGCUCUGUAUCACUACAUCACCGGUGAGUUAAAGAAGUACAUCAUCCUGGUGCUCAAUAAGGUGGACUUGUGCCCCUCCCCUCUGGUGUUGGCAUGGAAACACUAUCUGACUAAACAGUUCCCACACAUGCACUGUGUCUGCUUCACCUCGCACCCAGGACAACCCUACAGCACACUUCUACAGAAGAAGAGGAUGAGGAAGAAAGUAGGAUGGAAUGCUGGAGGCCCGAUCCACAUCAUGAGAGCAUGUCAGGAGAUCACAGCAGGAAGAGUGGAUUUGAGUAGCUGGGAGAAGAAGAUCCAGAGGGAUGCUGUUGCCGUGGGAACAGAGGGGGAUCAGGCUGAUGAUGGAUCGGAAUCUGUGUUGAUGGAGCAUCAUAGUGACGUUGCCAUGGAAAUGAACAGCCCCACGCAAGAACUUUAUAAAGAUGGAGUACUAACAUUGGGCUGCAUAGGUUUUCCUAAUGUAGGCAAAUCUUCAGUGCUAAACAGUCUGGUUGGCAGGAAGGUCGUGAGUGUGUCCCGAACCCCAGGUCACACUAAAUAUUUCCAAACGUACUACCUCACUCCCACUGUUAAACUGUGUGAUUGUCCUGGGCUUGUCUUCCCUUCCCAAGUGGACAAGCAGCUACAGAUCCUGGCUGGUAUAUAUCCAGUGUCCCAGCUGCAGGAGCCUUACAGUUCAGUAGGCUAUUUGUGUGAACGGACCAACUUCCUGCCUGUAUUAAAGCUGACACAUCCGGACCACAGCCCAGAAACCCCACACAACCCCAGCACACAGGACUGGACAGCAUGGGACGUGUGUGAAGCCUGGGCCGAGAGGAGAGGGUAUAAAACUGCUAAGGCGGCCCGUAACGAUGCCUAUCGAGCAGCCAACAGUCUCCUGCGUUUAGCCAUUGAUGGACGCAUGUGUCUUUGUCUGCAACCACCUGGAUACUCUCAGAGUAAAGAUGAAUGGGAAUCACACCCAGAACUGGCCGAGAUCAUCACUCUACAAGGAAGAAAGGAUGAAGAGGAUGAGUGUGGUGAGAGGGAAGAUGACGAGGGUGAAUCCAGCUCAGAGCUGGAGGAGGACAACGAUCGAGAUGCCGAUGAUGAUGAGGAUGCUGAUGGGGAUGAUGAAGAUGAUACCGUGAAGGCUGACAGGAAGGGCCUCACUCUCAACAUGUUCAGUGUGCUGGGAGAGAACGAGUGUGCGUGAGGAAUGAGAUCCAUGUUCAUGCAUUCCAGUUUUUUUUAUUUAUUACUGAUCUCUAUACGACUAUAUUAUUUCAAUCUGCAACGUGUCAAUCAAAGGACUGUAUAAAGUUUUGAAUUUAAACGCUACACAUUUAUUUUGCAUUUGACACUCAUUGUGUACUUACACAGCCCAUCGUAUAGACAACAAAUCCCCCAUUCUACCUAUUUUUGCUGGUUUUGUGUUUUUUCAGCCUCUCUGUGCCUCUGUAUCUUCCCUGCUUUUCAUUUAUCAUCAUCAGAAAAUCAUCAGAAUGCAUUGAAACCUUUUGUACCUCCUGCAUGCAGCCUUUUCCCUUUUUGAGAGGGCAGAAGGAAUGUCUAUACAACCAGUGAUUGUACAAUCAGUGUU